UUGUUUCAGAUAGCGGAUUACCCACAACCACUAUAUAAGAAAUUUGAUAAUUUGGAUGAAGCGAAGGCUUUUUACAAAAAGUAUUCGUGUGACGAAGAAACAAGUCGAGACGAAGGAGAAGUAAUUUCAGAAGCAAAGCCAGUUGCCAAUAACAAUGAGAAAGAAGUUAAAGAGGCAGAAAAGACGGAGCAGAAGAAAGAGGCGAGGAUAACCAUCGAUUCUUGCUUGAUUAAUUCGGAUAACGAGAAGCCAGCUGCAUUCUAUGCUGUUGCUCGUGGCCACCAAACUGGCGUAUUCAAAACAUGGGCAGAAUGCCAGGAGGCGACAAAAGAUUUCAAAGGCGCUAAGUUUAAGAAAUUCGAUAACGAGGAGGACGCGCAGUUGUUUGCUGAGGGUAAAGCUCUCAAAGAAAUAGGUACUGGUGCUUUACCAAGUCUCUGUGUACUCCUCUUCACUGAACUGUCAAGCGAGAGUUUGUGA